AUGUUUCUGGCUACUAUCGCCGUCUUGACACUGCUCGUGCUUGUGAUCUUCUCCACACCAUUUAUCAAGAUGUUCUACUUCUUGCGGACUUCGGCAGAAGGAGGCUACGUCAUGCCUCCUUCUCGCAAUCUUCAAGAACACGUUGGGAGGUAUGACCUUCGUAAUAGGUUCGGCUACCAGUUCCAGCAACUUGUGCAACCUCUUCCUAUGCUUCUUGUUCUAUACCCCGCAGCUGCGGGGGUCUGUUUUGUCAGUGCUGUUGUUCUGCUACCUCUGUUCUUCUCUCGCCGAGAACCAAGAUGGCCUUACGUUGUUUUCGGGCUGCUUUCUGCCCUGGCGUUCCUCGCCACCGCCGGAGCUUUCGCCAUCACAAUGUAUCUCUUCACCGUGGCGCGUGAUCGGUUCCACGCCACAGGCCUGGAAGCAGAAUAUGGGCCUGCAAUAUGGAUGGCGCUCGCGGCUACGGCAGUUAUGCUGCUGGUCGCGAUGAAUGCUGGGUGCGCAACGUGUCCUUCCUCCCGUUUCCGCGCGGAGGCGGGCUUCCUGUGGAGCAAUGCGUCUGGGUGCUCCCUCCUCGGCUAA